ACUUCCGGACCAGGGCUGGGCGGGUGCCAUGUGAGCCCAGUCUAGCUUCCCCUCCUGUUCACCCGCCUUCCUUCCCUCCUCCUGUCUGCUGGUAUCUGCCCAACCUCUCCAAAGAGGGACACUUGACAUCAUGUCUCUGCUCAACCCUGUCCUGUUGCCCCCCAAUGUGAAGGCGUAUCUGAGUCAGGGAGAGCGCUUCAUCAAGUGGGACGAUGAAACUUCAAUUGCCUCUCCAGUUAUCCUCCGUGUGGACCCCAAGGGCUAUUACUUAUACUGGACAUAUCAGAGUAAGGAGAUGGAGUUUCUGGACAUCACGAGCAUCCGAGACACUCGCUUUGGCAAGUUCGCCAAGACGCCCAAGAGCCAGAAACUCCGAGAGGUCUUCAACAUGGACUUUCCAGACAACCACUUCCUGCUGAAAGCACUCACCGUGGUGUCUGGCCCGGACAUGGUGGACCUCACCUUCCACAACUUCGUCUCUUACAAGGAGAAUGUGGGCAAGGACUGGGCUGAGGAUAUACUGGCUCUCACCAAACACCCCAUGACAGCCAAUGCUCCCCGAAGCACUUUCCUAGACAAGAUCCUGGUGAAGCUUAAGAUGCAGCUCAACCCUGAAGGGAAGAUCCCUGUGAAGAAUUUUUUCCAGAUGUUUCCUGCUGAUCGCAAACGAGUAGAAGCUGCCCUCAGUGCUUGUCACCUUGCAAAAGGCAAGAAUGAUGCCAUCAAUCCCGAGGACUUCCCAGAGUCUGUGUACAAGAGCUUCCUCAUGAGUCUCUGUCCUCGGCCAGAAAUCGACGAGAUCUUCACUUCUUACCAUGCUAAAGCUAAACCCUACAUGACCAAGGAGCACCUGACCAAAUUCAUCAAUCAGAAGCAGCGAGACGCUAGGCUCAACUCCUUGCUGUUCCCGCCUGCCCGGCCUGAGCAGGUGCAGACGCUCAUCGACAAGUACGAACCCAGCGGCAUCAAUGUGCAGAGGGGCCAGCUGUCACCAGAGGGCAUGGUCUGGUUUCUCUGUGGACCAGAGAACAGUGUGCUAGCCCACAAUACACUGCUGCUCCACCAGGACAUGACCCAGCCACUGAAUCACUACUUCAUCAACUCCUCACACAACACCUACCUGACAGCUGGCCAGUUUUCAGGCCUUUCCUCAGCUGAGAUGUACCGCCAGGUGCUCCUGUCUGGCUGCCGUUGUGUGGAGUUAGACUGUUGGAAGGGGAAGCCCCCCGAUGAGGAGCCCAUUAUCACCCAUGGCUUCACCAUGACCACAGAUAUCUUGUUCAAGGAAGCAAUUGAAGCCAUUGCAGAAAGUGCCUUUAAGACCUCUCCCUAUCCUGUCAUCUUGUCGUUUGAAAACCACGUGGACUCACCCCGCCAACAGGCUAAGAUGGCCGAGUACUGCAGGACUAUGUUUGGAGAAACCCUGCUCACAGAUCCCCUGGAAAAAUUCCCUCUGAAGCCUGGCAUCCCUCUGCCCAGCCCUGAGGACCUCCGGGGCAAGAUCCUCAUUAAGAAUAAGAAGAACCAGUUUUCUGGGCCAGCAUCCCCCAGCUUCCCUGGUGGGCAGAAACCUGGUGGGGAGGCCGAGGGCAGCGGCCCGUCUAGUGUCCCUAUUGAGGAGGACACAGUGUGGACUGCUGAGGACCGGACUGAGGUGGAGGAGGAGGUAGUGGAGGAGGAGGAAGAGGAGGAGUCAGGAAACCUGGAUGAAGAAGAGAUAAAGAAGAUGCAGUCGGAUGAGGGUACAGCAGGCUUGGAGGUGACAGCUUAUGAGGAAAUGUCCAGCCUUGUCAAUUACAUCCAGCCCACCAAGUUCAUCUCCUUUGAGUUCUCUGCACAGAAGAACAGAAGUUACGUCAUCUCCUCCUUCACGGAGCUCAAGGCCUAUGAGCUGCUCUCUAAGGCCUCGAUGCAGUUUGUGGACUACAAUAAACGCCAGAUGAGCCGAGUGUACCCCAAGGGCACACGCAUGGACUCUUCCAACUACAUGCCCCAGAUGUUCUGGAAUGCUGGAUGCCAGAUGGUUGCCCUCAAUUUCCAAACAAUGGACCUGCCAAUGCAGCAGAACAUGGCACUGUUUGAGUUCAACGGGCAGAGUGGAUACCUCCUGAAGCAUGAGUUCAUGCGCAGGCUGGACAAGCAGUUCAACCCCUUCUCAGUGGACCGCAUUGAUGUGGUGGUAGCCACCACCCUUUCCAUCACGGUGAUCUCUGGGCAGUUCCUGUCAGAGCGCAGCGUUCGCACCUAUGUGGAAGUGGAACUCUUCGGCCUCCCAGGGGACCCCAAGAGGCGCUAUCGCACCAAGCUGUCACCUACUACUAACUCCAUCAAUCCUGUCUGGAAAGAGGAGCCCUUCGUCUUUGAGAAGAUCUUGAUGCCUGAGUUGGCCUCCCUCAGGAUAGCUGUGAUGGAAGAAGGCAACAGAUUCCUUGGGCACCGAAUCAUCCCCGUCAACGCCUUACACUCUGGAUACCACCACUUGUGCCUGCGCAGUGAGAGCAACAUGCCUCUUACCAUGCCCGCCCUCUUCAUCUUCCUGGAGAUGAAGGACUAUGUACCCGACACGUGGGCAGAUCUUACUGUGGCUCUCGCCAACCCCAUCAAGUACUUCAAUGCCCAUGAUAAGAAGUCUGUGAAGCUCAAGGAGGUGACAGGAAGUCUGCCUGAGAAGCCCUUCUCGUCCGGGAUUCCUGUUGCCAGCCAGUCCAAUGGAGCAUCAGUCCCAGCAGGCAACGGGUCAACAGAGCCACAGACCACCAGCUUGGAGGAGCUGCAGGAGCUGAAGAGCGUGGUGAAGCUGCAGCGGAGACACGAGAAGGAGCUUCGAGAGCUGGAGCGGCGUGGAGCCAGGCGCUGGGAAGAGCUGCUGCAGCGUGGCACCGCACAGCUGGCAGAACUCGGGGCUCCAGCAGCUGGCUGCAGGCUCCGCCCGGGCAAGGGCUCCCGCAAGAAGAGGACCCUGCCCUGUGAGGAGACUGUCGGGGUGGCACCUAGCGAGCUUCCCGAGGGUGCAGACCCGCGCGUGCAGGAGCUGAAGAACAGGCUGGAGCAGGAGCUGCAGCAGCAAGGCGAGGAGCAGUAUCUCUCUGUCCUCAAGCGCAAGGAGCAGCACGUGACCGAGCAAAUCGCCAAGAUGAUGGAGCUGGCCAGAGAGAGACAGGCUGCGGAACUCAAGACCUUCAAGGAGACCUCAGAAACUGACACCAAAGAGAUGAAGAAAAAACUGGAGGCCAAGAGGCUGGAACGGAUCCAAGCCAUGACCAAAGUCACCACAGACAAGGUGGCCCAGGAGAGGCUCAAGAGAGAGAUUAACAACUCCCACAUCCAGGAAGUGGUGCAGGCUAUCAAGCAGAUGACGGAGACCCUGGAGCGGCACCAGGAGAAGCUGGAAGGGAAGCAGACCGCCUGCCUGGAGCAGAUACGGGAGCUGGAAAAGCAGUUCCAGGAGAAGGCGCUGGCUGAGUAUGAGGCCAGGAUGAAGGGCCUGGAGACGGAAGUAAAGGAAUCAGUGAGGGAUUGCUUCAAGGCCUGCUUCCCCACUGAAACAGAGGACAGGCCUGAGGGGUCCUGCGAGGCCCCCAAAGAGUUGUGUCCACAGGAACCACUCAUGAACAAAGCAGACACCCAGGAGAGCCGCCUCUGACGCCACCAUCCUCACUCAGACAUUUUAGCAAGGAUAGUCACACCCUUCUCUGGAACAUGCUUCUAUUCCCUAGAAGAGAAGAACCCUGCUACUCGGGGGCUGUGGGAGCCUGUGUCUUCCUUGGAUGUUCCAGGAAAAGGCAGGAAGAAGAGACCACCAGCGUGAAGAACCCACUUGGAAUCC